ACUCUGUGGCAUCCAGUCUGUGAGAGUAUGGCAUCGCGUGGCGACGCACGGUGCUGUGUUUGACGAGUUCCUCAUAUCCGAGGCGUGGGAUUUAGUUGUUGUUUGUUGUCAUUAGUACCAUACGUUGUGUACGUAAUUCGCACUCGACGUACACGAAGUGAUCGACAUGCCGUAGCCCGUGAACACAAACUUGUAUACCUGUCCUGUGCGUGAAAUAUGUGCGGGAAGGCAUUUUCGCGCAGGUCCUAGGAUGGCUUUAAGCGCCCUUCGAGGCAUCCUGGCUGCUGCUUACCUUUUCGGCCUCGGCGUUGCUCUCUGCCAUGCCUCGCCGACACUCCUCUUCGCCACGCACAAGGACAUCCGAGUGGCUAAUGUAUCCCGGUCUAACAAGGUCAGCACGAUCGUUAAAGACCUCUCCGAAGGUGCGUCCUUGGACUUCUACUAUGAACGCGGACUGGUCUGCUGGUCCGACAGUUUCCAAGAGAUGAUCCAGUGCGUCCGCUCGAACGGUACAUACACUGGCGAGCGGAUGAUAGUUGUCAACUCCAGCCUAAUAUCACCAGAUGGCCUUGCAUGCGACUGGUACACUGGAAAACUGUAUUGGACCGACGGCGAGAAGAAUCGGAUAGAGGUCACUAGUAUAGAUGGACGUCAUCGUAAGGUCCUAUUUUGGACUGAUAUUUAUCAGCCCAGGGCAAUUGCUCUUGUACCUAUGAGCAGCAUCCUUUUCUGGACUGAUUGGGGCGACGUGCCCAAGAUCGAGAGAGCUGCCAUGAAUGGUGAUUCUGAUACCAGGGAGGUCAUUGUAUCUGAUGACAUUUUUUGGCCCAAUGGUCUCACUGUAGAUUAUGAUUCUGAAUUGGUAUACUGGGCCGAUGGUAGACUUGAAUUUAUUGCUGUGAUGGACUAUUAUGGAAAAAAUAGAAGAAAAAUUAUUAGCGAGGGCUUGGACUAUCCAUUUGCUAUCACGUACUUUGAUCAGAAGCUCUACUGGACUGACUGGAAGACUUGGUGCAUUCAUUCUCAUGACGUGAGAUCCACUCAGGGCCAUCCCAGGGAACUUUUUCAUGGAGAGUAUAUACCUGGUGAUAUAGAGGUCUGGGAUGCCAGAAGACAACCCUUUGGAGAUAAUCCUUGCCGGCAUAAUAAUGGAAACUGUUCGCACUUGUGUCUGCUUAGUCCAAAACCUCCGGGGUAUUCUUGUGCCUGUCCUACGGGAGUCAAAUUGAUUGACAAUUUCACGUGUGCAAAAGGUCCCGAGGAACUGUUGCUCAUUGUUCAAAGAACAGAGAUAUGUAGAAUCAGUCUGGACUCACCGGACUAUACCAAAUUUGUCUUACCGCUUACUGGGAUCAAGUAUGCCAUUGCCAUAGACUUUGAUCCUGUAGACGAGAUGCUUUAUUGGACGGACGAGGAUGCCUUUGCAAUUAGAAGAGCUUAUUUAGACGGUUCUGGUCAAGAGGAUGUUGUUACCACUGAAGUUGAGAAUCCUGACGGCAUCGCCGUUGACUGGAUCGCCAGGAAUCUCUACUGGACCGACACUGGUACAGACAGGAUAGAAGUAGCCCGACUAAACGGUACUAGCCGUAAAGUCUUGAUAAACGAGGACCUGGUGGAGCCCAGAGCCAUUGCACUGGCUCCGGAGCUUGGUUGGAUGUUCUGGACCGACUGGAAUGAAAAGAAGCCUAAAAUUGAGCGCAGCAAUUUAGAUGGAAGCGAAAGAACUCUUCUCAUAACGAAGGACAUCGUCUGGCCUAACGGAAUUGCCUUAGAUCUAGACAGGAAGAAAGUUUACUGGUGCGAUGCCAAAACAGACAAAAUUGAAGUCUGCAAUAUGGAUGGAUCUGACCGAAGGGAGGUUAUCGCUGAUAAUCUACCUCAUCUCUUUGGGUUCAGUCUUCUUGGAGAUUUUUUAUACUGGACCGACUGGCAGAGAAGAAGCAUUGAUCGCGCCCAUAAACUGACAGGUGAUCAGCGCGAGGUCAUCGUCGAUCAAAUUCCAAAUGUCAUGGGUCUCAAGGCUGUUCAUUUAGGUCAGAUCAAAGGUGACAAUCCUUGCGCUAGAAAUAACGGAGGCUGCAGUCAUCUUUGCCUCAAUAGACCUGGAAACAAUUAUGUCUGUGCCUGUCAAAUUGGAUAUGAGCUUACCAAGGAUAAGAGGACCUGUGUCGUACCGGAUGCUUUUCUUUUAUUUGCUAGGAAGGAGAAUAUUGGCAGAAUCAGCAUUGAGAAUGCUAACAAUGAUAAUAUCAUUCCUGUGACUGGUGUCAAGGAUGCCAGCGCUUUGGAUUUCGACAUGCGUGACAACCGAAUUUAUUGGACAGAUGUCAAGGUCAAGGCCAUCACCAGAGCUUUUAUGAACGGCUCCGAAGUCGAAAGAGUUGUGGAUUUAGGACUAGAAACUCCUGAAGGAUUAGCCAUCGAUUGGGUAGCACAUAAUUUAUACUGGAGCGAUACAGGAACGCACAGAAUUGAAAUGGUUCGAUUGGAAGGAUGCAGUAGAAAAGUUCUGAUCUGGCAGGAUCUUAUGGAGCCUAGAUGUCUAGCUUUAGAUCCUGAGAGAGGUCACAUGUACUGGACUGAAUUAGGAAAUUCAGGCAGCAUAGAACGUUCCGGUCUGGAUGGUUCCCGUCGACAAGUAAUUCUGUCGAAUAUCGGUCGAGCCAAUGGCCUAACUAUAGAUCAUGUUGCUCGAAAACUUUACUGGGCUGAUCUUCUCUUACUAGCCAUAGACAGCUUCGACCUGCAAACAAAGAAAAGGAAAGCCAUCAUUACCCACGACAUAGUGUAUCCCUUCAGCAUUACGCAGUACCUAGAUUACAUUUAUUGGACUGACUGGAAUACUGGAGACAUUGAAAGAGCUAAUAAAUCUACCGGAUUAAAUAGGACAAAAAUUCAUAGCAAACUUGAAUCCGUCACAGAUUUACUUGUAUUUCAUGCUUCAAGACAAGCUGGUUGGAAUCCUUGUGCAGUUAAUAAUGGCGAUUGUAGCCAUCUUUGCAUAGCACUACCUGGUGUAGGUGGAAAAUCCUCAACUACUUACAAAUGCGCUUGUCCUACUCACUAUGAUCUUGCUUAUGACAAUAGAACUUGUGUCGCGCCUCGACACUUUAUGAUAUACAGUCUUCGCAAUGUGAUGGGUCGUUUUCUACCUGAUACGAAUGACUGUCUUGAUAUAGUUCUGCGAGUUCAGGGAUUAAAAAAUGUCAGGACUAUAGAAUUUGAUCCAAUAACACAGCAUAUAUUCUGGAUAGAUGGUAGAACAUCAUCGAUACGAAAAGCACUGGAAAAUCGUACACAUUCUGGGGUAGUGGUCAGUGGAGGAUCUGGUCAUCCAUACGACCUGGCACUUGAUCCUCUGGGUCGUCUGUUAUUCUGGUCUUGUGCUGCUAAUAACGCGAUAAACGUCACCAGGUUGGACAAUGGUUCAGCUCUUGGUGUAGUGGUUAAGGGCGACGGAGAGAAACCAAGAAACAUCGCAGUCCAUCCUGAGAAACGGCUUUUAUUCUGGACUGACGUUGGUGGGAAAACAAAAAUUCUUCAAAGCAAAAUGGACGGCAAGGAGAGAAUAGUCAUAGCUGCUGACCUUGAUCAGUUCACUAGCCUAGCAGUAGACACUGUAUCGAAUUUAGUAUUCUGGGCAUACAGGAAACAAAUUGAAGUGGCUGAUCUUAAGGGGAAUAAUCGCAGAGUUCUUGUAUCUACAAAUCAAGGGGCAGUUGCGCACCUUGCUGUACUCUUUGACUAUGUCUACUGGUUUGAUAGGGAUAGUCAAGAAGUGGAAAGAGUCAAUAAAACUUCAGGAUCAGGGAGAAGGACUAUGAUGAGUAAAGCUAUUACUGAUCUAGUGACUGUCAGGACACCGGAUGAUUUGAUCAUGGAAGAACAUACUUGUAGUCCAUUUCAUGAUUAUGGUGGAUGCUCGCACUUCUGUAUUGGUACCACAUCACCGCGUUGUUCCUGCCCUCAAAAUCUUGUUUUAUCUGAUGAUGAACGUACCUGCAGAGCUGCACCUGCUUGUGGCACUGACCAUUUCACAUGCACCGCGCCUAGUUCUGCUGUGGCCAAAGAUUGUAUCCCUGCUACCUGGAGAUGUGAUGGACAGACUGAUUGUCCUGAUGGUAGCGAUGAGCUUGGUUGUCCAGCUUGCAAUCAGGAUCAGUUCAGGUGUCAGAGUGGACAUUGUAUAGACAUGUCCUGGGUAUGCGAUGGUACCGCUCAAUGUCACGAUGGCCUAGACGAGACUGCGCCAGCUUGUGCAUCUGCGAACAAUCACAGGCAGGAUGCAGGACCUGCCCCGGAUACUGGGAAGAGCACCUAUGUCGUAGCUGUCCUGGUCGUUAUGGGUGCUGUGAUAGUCGUUGUCCUAGGAUUUUAUUACUGCCGACGAAGGCUAGCUGGAAACGAAGAACUUCCUGACAUUCUUCACGACUCUGCUGGGGAUCCACUCUCUCCAAAACCGGGUAGAGCUGCCAAGCCAAUGCUCGCCCAGAAGAAUACUAGGAAGGAUCUAAAAGCCUGCACUGUAGCAGUCAGAAUGUCUACCUUGAACGGAAGUAGUAUUGGCUCCAGUUAUGAUCGCAGUCACAUUACAGGCGCAUCAAGUUCAACAAGAGGUAGUUCUGCUGGAGGUUAUCCCCAGGAAACCCUGAAUCCUCCACCAAGUCCAGCAACAACAGCAAAUUCAACAAGGUGUUCUAGCAGUAAUGCCUCUAGGUAUCGACCUUAUCGUCAUUACCGCAGCAUAAAUCAGCCUCCGCCACCAACACCCUGCAGUACUGACGUCUGCGACGAGUCCGAUGGGAAUUAUCCAACCGCCAGGUAUCGCUACGAGAGCGAACCGUUUCCUCCACCUCCGACGCCAAGAUCACUGUACCACAGUGAUGCAGCCAUAAGUUGUCCACCUUCACCUUCGUCAAGGUCGUCGACUUACUUUAGUCCAUUGCCGCCGCCACCCUCUCCGGUGCCCUAAAUUAAACCUGGCCUAUCCGGCAACGAAUGAUGAAGCGGACUUCGUACAAGGAAUAUUCGGGUGACAUUUUUCACUACUUACUAAUGCAUAUCUCAUCUUCGCAAGUCGUGCGGAUACACAUGAAAUCGGAUGACCAUGUUUGGUGAAAUCGGUGACCAUUCGAACAUUUCAUUUAGUAUAAUAUUUUAUUCUUCCAUGUACAAACUUCUUUAUUACCGUUGUGCCUACAGAACUACGGUCUCGGCAUUUAUAAUUAAUCGACCGAUCAAGGUUACUUCCGUUCCUUUCAAUUAAUUAUACUGGAUCAGGCUAAUCUAAUCGAUUAACGAUUAAUUCACCGUCGCGUACCGUAGUCAAUUGUAUAUAAGACUUUUUAAAGAUGAACGAAUAAGCGUGCGGGCUUAUCAAAUUUUUUACCACUGAACAGUUGACGUGUAAUGUAUAAGUAGGGAGAAAAAAUUGGGACGGUGGAAGUUAAGAGGCCUGAGAAAGAACAGAGUAAAAAAAAAGUUAGUGGAAUUAGAAUCUGUAAAAAUUGUACAUGACACUUUUCUUUUAUCAACUGUAAAAUAAGUCGCGGUAGCCAACCAGCGAUGACUUUAAUCUAUACUCUGUUAAUUGUGAUAUAAAGUAUAUCAUAAUAUUAUAUAUAUAUUCGUUAAUUAUUAUUAUUAUUAAUUAAUUAAUUAAUUAAUUACCAUUGAGCCGUGUCUAUAUUUUAUGUUCCUCUAUACUUGACGUAGCGAUUGACCAAAGGCUGCACCAUUUAACUUUUUUCAUCUCAUUGGAAAUGCUUUUCGCUGUAAGAUUUUAGAUUUUUAUUCCAUUAAUAUCUUUUAUAAUGGAAACAAAAAUAAUAAUACACCGCGCAGUUCUUUUACAAUCCUAUCCACAAGUUAGUCAGUGUACAUCACAUACCAUUAUUUCGUUCUUUUUUUAAAUGUACAACGUAUAGAUGUACAAAAAUGAUUUAAAAAGGAAACAAUGACAGACACGCUGUAAGGCGUCUUCUUUUAAAUAUUUUUCGUGCCAUAAACAAUUCUGAAUUCGCUUGUAGACACGAGACAAAAUAUUGUAAGCUGAACUCACGUUGUGUCCAUAUGUCUUUAUUCAGUUUCUUUUUAAAUCUGGCAUGUGCAAUAGCACAAAAAAAAAACAAAUUUCUGCAGAUGGCUUUCUUUAUCGCGCUUCUUAUUACGGUGACGAUUAUUCUUUUCUUUUUUUACACUCUGCCACUCGUCUAACUAGUAUUUUCCACAUGAACAGUUGUACAAAGCUAUAAGAAGUAUCAUUCGAAUGCUCGACAAUUCUAUUAUUAUACAUAUUAAUUAUUACAUAUAUGUAGGAUGAAUAUACUGGAUUAAGAACGUAGAUGACGAAAAAUUAAGGAAAAUUGGAAGAUUUUUACCUCGCACUGCCGUUACGAGAACAAUAGAAUAGAUAAUGAUAUAAAGACAAGCGCGUCUUCGCCUUGAUGUAUGAGAAUUACUGUCAAAAUUUUGAAUUAUUCUCAUUAUUCUCGUUUUUAACGUCCAGGACUGAACAUUAUCGUCUAUAUUUUUUUUACAUUUUGAAUCGAUAUGCGUAUCUUGUCCCGAAGACUGUAAAAAAUGUGUACAAAUCGCCAGAAUAAAACUUUUGUUAAUGUAUUUUA